GAAAUCCUGCGUCUACCGUACCCCAAAAAACUCGACGAACCAUGGCAGCGCAUUACCCUCGGGAUGAGCUGCCAAACAUCCGGUGGAAAUCUUCUAAAAGUCCAGGCAACCGUCGGCACCUCUUACUAUCUGAAUGAUGUCACAACGGCUCCGAGGAGGCACUAUACAAGACCCUACAUCGAGGCAGCCCUGGCUGAUAGUGACUUGAAGCUCAAGUUGUUACAGAGAAGUGUUCACUUUUUCCUACUCUGCGAGACGCCAAACUCAUUUCAAGUGGUCGGAAAAUCAUCUACAGUGCAGGAAACAGAUCCGUUGGCGCUUAACAAGAGAAUACUACUGCCGAAGGCAACCCUUGACGAAGCCAUGGAGGUUGCCGGCGGACUAGCCACCUUUGUGUCUCUUUAUGCAUUGGCCGUCGAUGCUCAUGCUCGAGGCAUCGGCCAUCCCGAGACUCAGCUGCUGGCUCUACGACUGCUUUUGGUAUAUUCCAGGAGAUGGAGUUCCCAGACCUGCGAGGAGAUCCCGAGGAUCAAGGACCUGUUGUCGAGGAUACUGUUUGCCGGGGCAUUCUGCUCCCCGAAACCUGGGGAUACGCAACUCCCAACGGCUUUUCCUGAGGACGAGGAGCUGGACACCGACCCAAACUCCCGGAAUCCAGAGACGAUCUCUGAGAUCUUCCUUCAAUAUUGCUUCCGGUGGGAUGCUGAUGGGGAGAAGACUUCAAUAAUUCUGGAGCCGGAGCUUUUGCUGGCGCUCGUCGAGCGGCCGUUGCUUUGGGUGGGGGAGCAUAAAAUACGUUUCUGGCUGGAACUCGUGGACGGAAUCCGGGAGUCGCUCUACGAUCCCCAAUUCUCCGAGUUCAACCUCGUCCAAUGGAAAUAUGUUGAUCUGUUACAUCGCCUCUUAUUGGCCCUCCACGAACUCUCCGCCCUCACGUUGUGCUGCUACCAGUGCGCGGCCCUAUUUUCGGAGGGUGUCACGAGGAUCGUGCCGUACAUUACGGACAUCCUUAUCGGGGAUCAGGCUCACAAUGUUGCUAUCGAGUCCCUGUGGAUUUUUAUCCUUCACUCCCAUCCGCCAGAAAAGACGUUCAUCAAGAACACAAUCACGUCUUAUCACGAUUGGCUGAGAGCAGACCUUCCCUCCGCCUCCGAGGAAUUUCCAUAUCCCGUCUAUUCGACAGAACUCUGCGAGACGUUGAACAAGUACUACGACGAGUUCUGCACGGCAUCCGAGAAUCGGAUACAAAACCUCUGGGAGAAUGAGAUUGACAUUGUACAGCUGCGGAAAAUGUAUGACGUGGGGAAUCCGAGAUCCAGGGAUGAGAACGAACCGGCUAGCCCUUCAUUUACACCUCGAAAUCGACAAGAACGUCCACCGGAACAGCCCAGUGUCAAUUAUUUGAGGGCCGCGCUGAUCGAACAACUAGUCUCUGUCCUCCGCUGUGGCCCGGAUCAGCUCAUCUACGGUCUACUCCACGACACCAUUGGGUGGCAAUCGAUAAUCGUUCUCCUCAAUCGUCAACGAAAUCAAGCCGUUCAAGCGGCAGUUAUGCGACUGGUCGAGUGCUUUUUGCAACGCUCGCCCGACUUCACGAAGGCAAUGUUCAUAAAAUUCUGCGGUGGUCCCUUGCUGGCUAACCAGCUGCGAGGCCACGAGAUGAGCGAGCGGAUCGCGGACGCGGCGUUCGGGAUGAUGAUCGGCGAGCCAGUGCUCAUCUCCCAUGGACUCGACGGAGAGCUCCUCGCCCGUCUCGAGGUCAAUCAGCUGAACUGUGAAUCGACGUACAUUGUACUUGCCGUACUCGCCGGGUCCACUCACGAUAUCUCUGUUUUUGCAAGGGUCUCAAACUCCGUGGCCAAGGUAUUUGAAUACAAUUCCCAGCUCCAAGCCGCAUUUAUCGAUAACGGGAUUGUUGAUGUGUUGGUGGAAUGCUUGAGGAAGAUAGCCCUAUCCCACGACCAUGACCCUGAGUAUCGAUACGGAAUGAGGGAUAUUUGGAAGACCCUGGCCCAAAAGGUGUUGGAUGCCGGGAUACUUUACAGUGACGAGCGGGUGUACAUCGGAUGCCGACAGUUAAUCGUGCUCAUCACGCUGCUCGAUCAGCAGUUUGGGGCCGACUGGAGGAGGUUGAGGAUGGAGGAUCCGGAUUCGUUAGCGACAUGGGAGGCACAUCAAGCUUUUAUUGAAGUACGACGUUGCUUAUGUACGGUGCUGAACGAGUGGAUACAGCGUUUUUGGAGCCUCAAAAAGGACACGAUGAAGUCAGCAAGUGCUCCUUCCAGUGUUGAGUCGCUUAAUGAUGACUGGUCCGUCGUUGAUGGCGACCUCGUCUCCGGGCAACGAAAUUCAGAAGGAGACACCGGGCAAACCGUGAUAGUGGACGACUAUUCGGUCAGCCCCUCCAGGGCAAUACUCCUUGACGGUACCUCACCCACCGCCGCGUACGCUGGCGGCCAGUUCGCCGAGUUCAAGCAGCGCAUGACCAAACUGGGAAUUGUCGCCAAAAACAUCCUAAAACCCCGAUACAAGCGUCGCGAGAAGCCGGCCGGCCUCGCCCACCCGCACCGCAUCAGCGAGAGGAUGAUCUUCGGGCUGGACAUGUGCCUGGCCGUGUUCUCCUACUUUGAGACGAUGGACACCGAGACCAGGGAGGAGGCAGUGUUGCUCAGGAACUACUUGACGCUGCUGAUCACGGCAUUUUCGGCUGAGGGCUCGAUGCGUGAGAUGUGGAAAUCGUGUACCUCGCAGGCCAAUUCUCGUGCCAGAAAAGCCCUGUCCCAGCUUGCCGCCUUCGUCAUCUACCCAUCACUUGAGUAUCGGAAUCGCUGGCUGGACCAAGGCCUUGGUCCAGAACGUGAAGCGGAAAAGUGGAUGUUCCGGAAACGGGCCAUAAUCCUGUCGGCCUUGGUCAAAGAUUUGAGUGGGGACGCCAAACCUCAACUUCGCGGACUUUUGAGAGCAUCAAUGGACGAUACCUACACGAUGUGCCUUGGCAUCAUCGAUCUGGCGCUGUUGAGCGAGGGGGCUUCCGAAUCGACGCUACGGGACUGUUCCGAUAUCCAGUCUGCCAUCAAGGAUUUGAAUGAGGACUCGCCGUUCGACUUUUUCAAGGAUUCACGCGGAGAAGCCCUGAAAAAUUUCGCGGACAACGAGAAGCUCGCGGCGUUCAACUACGAGAAUGAACGCGGAAAGCUGAUGAACGUGUUGAAGCUGGAAGCGGAUGCUAUCAAGAAUGUAGAUGCGGAAAUCUCAGCAGCCUUAGCGAUGGUGGCCAUGAAACUGACGACGGAAGUGGUGGAACAGACGACAGCUUCACGGAAGAGCCUGGUUGAGGCCCCGCGCGAGUUGAUCCGAAAUUUGCAUACGGCCGAGGAUUUGUUGCUGCAUUUUGAGGGCCGUCUCUUCCACCCGCUUGCACCACUUCACAACCCUCAAAAUUGGCCGAAUGGCUUCCAACUGGAUACCAUUGAGGGUCCAAAUCGAGAAAGGAGACGCCUAGUACCGGCAGAUUAUGAGGUCCAAGAUCAAUAUUUUCGAGUCGCACCAGCCGGCCGAGCGUUGAGACCGAAUUUUGAGGCUAUUCUGGCUUCCGGUUCAUUCCGGCGACGGCGAGACGAACUGACCGUCAUCGACUCGUACAAGUAUCAUUGUGAUGUGGUUGAAGUGAGGGGAUACGCCGAGUGCGAGGGAGACCUCGUCGUGGCCGAGCAGCACGUUCACUUGCUGCCACGAAAAACCCGUACAACACAUAAACAGCUUCCCCUGGCGCAUGGCGAGGGAUUCCGGAUACCGUAUACCCAGAUCACGGAGAUUUGGGAAAGAAAAUACCUACUGCGCGACAUUGCCUUCGAGAUCUUCGUCAAGGACGGCCCGGCACGGUUGAUUGUUUUUGAGAAUACAAAGGUGCGGUCAACGUUCCAAGAAUGGUUGGCGCAAAUCGGGUUCGGACACGUUUUUCCGGAUCCCAAGAAAACGCUGCAGAUCGCGACGGAGCAGUGGCGUCACGGUGUUCUCAACAAUUUUGGAUACCUGAUGUUGCUGAACAAGAUCGCCGGCCGAACGUACAACGACUUGAUGCAGUAUCCAGUCUUUCCAUUUGUCCUCUCCCAAUACACGAUGGCGUCGCUGGACCUGGCGAAUCCAAGCAAUUACCGAAAUUUCACCCGCCCGAUGGCCAUCCAGGACCGGACGAAAGAAAACUACUACGCGCAGCAAUAUGCACAGCUUGAAGAGGCCGAUCUGGGCGAGACCCUACAACAUGGGCCUUAUCACUACGGCAGCCACUACAGCAACAGCGGGAUCGUCUCCCAUUUUCUGGUCCGGUUGAUGCCGUUUACAAAAAUGGCGCUGGAAUAUCAGGACGGUCGCUUCGACCUGCCGGAUCGGUUGUUCAACAGCAUCGAAUCUGUGUGGAGGCUGUCGAGCAGUGAGAGUACGACUGACUUUAAGGAGCUCAUCCCCGAGUUCUUCUACUUCCCCGAAUUCCUCCAAAAUCGUCACAAUCUGAAUCUCGGGGUUCGGCAGAGCUAUGAGGAGGUGAACGACGUCAUGCUCCCACCAUGGGUCCCCUCAAACGCCUUCCGGCUCUUCACCCUUAUCAAUCGACAGGCCCUAGAAUCGGCAUACGUCGUCGCGAAUCUCCACCAUUGGAUCGAUUUGAUUUUUGGGUUCAAGCAGAAUGGGAAAGCGGCAAAGGAGGCGAUGAAUGUUUUCCAUCCACUGACCCACAUGGCCAACAUUGCGCAAGCCGACAUGGGCGAUGAGGUGGACCGAGGAGCACGAGCUACGAUAAUUCGGACGUACGGCCAGAUGCCGACUCAACUUUUCAACGCCCCACACCAACCCCACCUAACCCCCAGCGAGCAAAAAGGCGAGAAAAUCAACGGUAUCCCGUGUGCUUCCGUGGACAAUAUACGCUGGGGAGAAUAUGUGGGCAGUCCGGUACUCGGGCAAUGCGUAGCAUUCUGGAAGCAUCGAGCGACGAGGGAUCGGAUAUCGUGCUUGAGCCUGUUGCCCGACAAUAUUGUCGUCGGGUGUGGGAGUAAUAUGAUUGUUGCGACAACGACGGCAAGGGAUUUGAAAGCUGCAACAGUUGUCGGUAUCUUCUGUCUUCCCACCCCUUCAUCCGGUCUAAUCCGCUUCCGCAUCCACCUCAUCGACAAGCACAUCCAACCCCAGCAGGCCUGGAUCAACGCCAUUGAUGUCGGCGCCAGAACGGUCACCGCCAUGGCUUAUUCCAACUUUGGCCUACUCUUCCUCGGCUUUGCCAGCGGCGUCAUUUCGGUGUACAACGUACGCUUUGACGACGAGGGUCUUCACGAAAUGUCACUACGAGGCCAACUCUUGGCCCACUCGAACGCGAUUCACACAAUUUUCGUGUGCGACGAAUUCUCGUCGAUAAUUACGGGAUGCUCCGCCGGACGGGUGGUACUUUGGGACCGGAAUGGCUUGAGCUUCGUCCGCUGCCUCACCCAACCUGGGCCUCCGUUGAGUGCCAUGACGAUGAGUCGAGUAUCCGGUGACAUUGCCAUAGUCACGCCCACUCAGGAGGGCAGCCGUGUACAGCUACUUUCGAUAAACGGUGACAUCAUCGGGACGGCAGAAUUGGACUGCAUCGUCACGUCGAUCACCAUCAGCGAAUUACCAGAGGGAACUGCCGUUAAUGCGCUGCUAUGCGGAUGUUCGGAUGGGAUUAUACGCGUCAUCGACCUGUGGGGAGUACGCGAAUUUGGGAAAAUCAGCAAUCCAGCCGAAAACCUGGGUUCCGCCGGAGAUCCUGUAAUAGCUACCGUAUUCUCCGCAAAUCAUCGUCGUCUGUUUGUCGCCCGGCAAUCCGGAAAUGUCGUCGCGAUGAGAUCCGAACGCGACAAUGCCCUCUCAAAGACGGUCUCCUUCAUGCAUAUCACCGCCUAUCGGGACCCACUC